UUCCCCAUCAUAGUGUAGAUUUACUGUAGCAACUCCACCUCGCAGUCUGUCCAGACAAACGUUUGUGCGGUUGCCAAUUUGUUUGUUUAUACAUUGCCGCUCUGUAGAAGGAAGCGUAAGCAUCACACCGCCAACUACUGGUCUGGCAUGUAUACUGCAGCAUUUUUGGUCAUUUUUGCGGAUCCAUGUGCAUGGCGAUUGUUAUCAAAACUUUGUCGUCUGAACAUGGAACUUUUUUCAAAACGAAAAUGAGAAACGAUUCUGUUUUCAGUGGAUCGUUUUUGGGUAAACAUGGCCUUAAAGCUGCAGACAGCAAGCUCUUACUGCGGCUCUGCAAACAGCUCACCUCCAACACAUAAACUUCUUUUACCUGCCUUGCUGUGUGAUGGAAAAACACAUGCAGCAAAAAUGACAGGGGACUUUAGCCAUGGAACAGCACUGUGCUUUUAACCAUCAUGACUUAAGACAAGCCAUCAUCACUUAAAGAGGACAUGAAAUACUAAACAUAGUUAUCAUAAUUUAAAGAGGGUCUCUCACCCUGAAAAGAUCAUUUUAGUUUAAACACUGAAAAUGAUAGGAAUCUCAAAAUCCUGUCAUUUAAGUUCAGCUGUUAAAACAAAGGGCGGCGCCAUGUAUGUUGUGUCACCGGACGUGACGUCAGUGGAGUGGUUGUCAAGCUAGCGAUCGCGGUGAAGUGAAGACAGUGGAGAAUUUCUGAACCGGGUUGAGCGCCACACUUUUUGACAAUGGAGGAAGACGAACUGGAGAGGCCUGUUGAGUCUGUGACAAGCCCCAUUGCCUAUGCAUAUGAGCCUAUAAGGCGUGGGAAUCGAGCAGUGGUACAGGAGGAAGAAGUGGUUGAGCCGGUGAUUUGGGGUCAAGGGCGUGUCGGCAACAUUACGUGGUGUCAGUGUGGCGAUGCCCACUGUGCCAGAGUCCAUUUGCUGCCAGGAGGCUGGUCUGGACCAUCUUCUCCAUGACCACCCCCGCAUCACCAUGGUGCGCUCAUUCAGCACCCUGUGCCGGGAGGUGGACGUGUUGAAGGUAGCGAUGCUUUCGCUGAGGGAUGUCAGAGCUGAGACACUGCAGCGUCCCGUCAACAGCAGACAUCAUCAAUCUAACGGACGAAGGUUAUCUCAUGAGUAUAACAACCUGUCCGACUUCACAGUCGAUGAUCUGGAAGAGUUGAGGGAAAUCAUUCGUCAAGCGGAGGCCGAAGAAACUAAGCACUCUGCUGUACAAACGCUACAUUCUUCUGCACCCGGGAGGAAGAGGUGGCGGAUGCCCAGCACCAGCAGCAGCAGCAGUGACAGCGACGGUCGACCGAGUGUUUCUCGCAACGGUCGUAAAACCGCAAAAAGACCCAGAAAAUGUACGCAUAGUUUCAAAUGUGCGACCUGUCAGAGGGAGAGACAAGAAAUACAUCAGGACCGUGAGCGAUAUCCUUUUGUGAUGGGCCUUGGUAUUUGAACCAAAAAGACCCAGAAAAUGUACGCGCGACCUUGUCAGAGGGAGAAAGAAGAAAAUACAUCUUCUCGUCGGUACUAUGCUAAGGGCCAUGAGCGAGAUCCUCUUUGUGCUAGGCCUUGGUGUUUGAGUGUAAGUUUGGGUUGUUGUUGUUGUUUGGUUUUUUAAAAUUUUGUUUGUUAUUUUCUGUAACCAUGGAUGAAAGCAACCGCUGUCCUUCAAUACUUGAUGUGAUGAUACAAGAAUUAAACCAGAAUGUAUUAAAUGAAACUCGAGAACCCGCUCAGUCUUUAUGCGAGGCACAACAAGAUGUAGAAAUCACCGACCCACUCACAGACAUCAAUAUGGCUAUCGCAGAUCUUGAUCAUUCUCAAAGCAUUUUAAACACUUAAUUGGAGAACAAAGCCCCAUCAUUUCUUUUAUCCCUGACCCAUUCUCAGAUACUGAUGUUGCUAUCGCCGAACUUAAUCAUACGCAAGCUGUUUUAAAUACAAUAAGCCAAUGUCAAGAUUUGUUAAAUCAAAUACCCGCCAAUCCCUCGACCUCAAACGACACGCAUUUGCAAACCGAGAUUCGACUUGAUAAUAAUCAAAGUGCCCAAAAUCAAACGAGCGUCUUUAACGCCAUAGACGCCGUAAAUCAUUUAGAAAAUGUCCAACUCGCAACGUCUGACCGUCAAACUCAACAGCGAGGGGGCAACAUAGAGGACAUUCGUUCGGAAAAUUUAGAACAUCAACACACAUCGCAGCGAGAAAACUCGCCUCAAAAUUCGCCCUCGUCGAGGGUGGUGACACGACCUAGAUUUAACAACGUUGAAUCCAGCCAUCCGCUCAACAUCAACAUUACCAAACUACAUCGAGGUACGGCUGAUUUUGGUGAAUUUUACGUCAGGGUGUUUACAGAGAUGGCGCAAGCGGUGACGAACGUCAUUUCACAAGUCGAACGACAAGAUGCGGUGCAGCACGAGUUGAGAGGCGAUACUCUGCCUCAAGGCGCGUCCUGCAUCAUGAGCGGAGAGGAGUUUGAUUUAACUCACUUACAGUCUUUCCUAGACCGCAUUGUGCAAUCUAACAUGGCCGUUAAAACAGACGGUAAUUUGGUAUUCACCGUCCAACUCGUCAAAAACCCCCUAGGCGGGGGUCGAAGACUCUUGUCUAAUACCUUAGACGGCGAGAUUAUUAAAAAAAAGUGACGGUCUCUGUGGGUCGUAAUCAACGGCCACGACAACCAACUUUGUUUUGCGAUUAAUUUGGCUCACCUGCUUUACCCCGAUAUCGUCGAUAGCGAAGCGUUUGCGCUCGGCAGAGACUUUCAAAGUAAGGCGGGUUUGAACAAUCAGACCGCGGUAACGUUCGGCAAUAUAGCGAAAUUUGAAAAAGUCUCAAACUGCAAAAUUGUAGUGUUCUACAGAACCGACAACGCUCGAAUGCUCUCUAAAUUUGCGACCGAUUCACCGAGAAGACAAAAGAUGGUGUUUAUGUUUCUGUUUGAAAAACACUACUACGGCAUAACGAGCCUGAAAUCCUUCCUAGGCUCGCCGUACGUGUGCGAGUAUUGCUACGCGGGGUACACCUCCGUCGCGUGUCACUACUGCGAGGGUCAUUGCUCCGUUUGCUCGGACCCCUCCUGUAGCGAGCAAGAGCUCCGACCCGUAGUUUGCGUCGACUGUAACAGAACGUGCCGUUCUUCGUUGAGUUUAGCCAAACACAAAGAGCCCGUAAAGAUGCAAAAAAUGCGACAUGCUAUACUACAUCGCUAUGAACGGUAAUGGUAAACAACACGCGUGUCCAAAAGUCAAAUGUAAAAUCUGCGGCGUAACUGUAGAAAAAGACGAGAGUGAGGAGCACCUGUGUUACAUACAGCGUUUACCCAUCGAGACAAAACAUACAGAGAAAUUGAUUUUCUACGAUUUCGAGACGUACGUAGACUCGUCUGGAGCGCACGUCCCUUUUCUGGUGUGUACGAAAACCCUCGACGGCAAAAGGUGGAAUGCUCAGGGCGUAGAUUGCGCCAAACAGUUUAUUUUGCAUUUCAGAUGACCCGUGUACAGAAAAUCCGUCUUUAUCGCUCACAGCGCUAGAGGAUUUGACGGAUACAUUGUGCUCAACGCCAUGCUGUCUCUGAACCUGAAGCCCGAGGCGCUCGUAAUGCAGGGAAGCAAAGUCAUACAUUUCACCGACCCCGAUUACGAACACAGAUACAUCGACAGUCUCAGUUUCUUGACAUGCCGUCUGUCGGCUCUGCCCAAAGCCCUUGGUUUACCCGAUAAAAACAAGGGUUUUUUUCUCCAUCGAUUUAGCUCCGAGAAUCAUUUAAAGUACGUAAGCCCCUACCCCGGGCCAGAGGCCUACGGCGUCAAACAAAUGAGUAGAGAGGGCAAGAGAGAAUUUGAAGCGUGGUACGAGACAGUGCGUCACGGCACGUUUAAUUUUGAGAAAGAAGCCGUCCGCUACUGUCAAAACAACGUGGAUAUUCUCGCGUGAGCCUGCGACAUUUUCAGAAAAGGUUACAUCAACGAAACGGGCGUGGACCCUUUCAGUUGCGCCACCAUCGCUUUGGCCUGCAUGAAAGUGUUUCGCACAAAUUUCCUACGUCAUCCUGGCCAUUCCUUCUCCCGACGACUAUAGAAGACGUCGCAAAACCUACUCAAACGCCGGCGUUCAGUGGUUAGAGUGGGUGGCACAUACCAAGGGUGUCUUUAUUCAGCACGCGUUGAACGCGGGUGAAAAACAGAUCGGUCGCUACUUUGUAGGCGGUUACGCCGAGGUCCAAGGCGUGAAAACAGCUUGGGAGUUUCUGGGUUGUUUUUAUCACAGUUGUCCGUCCUGCUUUCAGCCCCACGACACCUGCCUUCUGACGGGCAGACCGUUUGACGAGUUACACACCUCCACCGCGAAUACAGACGUUAGAGUCCGUCCACGGUCUCAAGGCGAACGUGAUGAGAGAGCACGAUUGGCUCGAGUUGAAAAAAUCCCAUCCGCCUCUGAGAGACUUUCUCAAGCGUGCCAAAACCCCCCAACCUUUGUCACCCCGCGACGCUUUGUACGGCGGUAGGACGAGCGCCGUGAGGCUGAGGUACACGACAGUGGGGAACGAAACCGUACACUACGUGGACGUGACAUCCUUGUAUCCCUACGUUAACUGCGCCUUUCCCUAUCCUCUAGGACACCCCGAAAUAGUUUACCGAGAUUUCAAAGAGCCGCAAAACUACUUUGGGUUAAUCAGGGCCGUCGUCUACCCUCCUCGAGGUUUGUUUUUCCCCAUGUUGCCCUACAAAGCACCCUCGGGUAAACUGGUGUUCACCCUCUGUCGAACAUGCGCCGAUCUUAAUUUUCAGGCCGGCUCGUAUACCCACGAUGAUGAGGGCAGGGCGUUGACGGGGGUUUGGGUCACUCCCGAAUUUAACAAAGCCUUGGAGUUGGGGUACCGCCUAGGUAAAAUCACAGAGGUGUGGCACUUUGAUAGACGCAGCGACAACAUAUUUGUAGAGUACAUGCACACUUUUCUCAAGGGUAAACAGGAGGCCUCGGGCUACCCCGCCAAGGCCUCGGAUCCGGAGAGUAGACGAAAGUACAUUGCGGACUACGGGGCAAAUCAAGGCAUUUUGCUGGACACGGACAAAAUUCAAUCGAACCCGGCUAAAAGACAGGUGGCUAAGCUCUGUCUAAAUAGCUUAUGGGGAAAGUUUGCCCAGAGAAGUAACCUGAACCAGACUGUGCUCGUCAGGGAACCGGAGGAGUUUUUCAGUUACAUGUUUUCAGAAAAACACAAAGUCAAAUACUUUUCCUUCCUAAACAAGACCACGGCUCUGAUUCAGUGGUGUCACGGCGAUCCGUAUAUCGCACCUCCCAACAAGACGGACAACGUGUUUAUCGCAGCAUUCACCACAGCCUACGGCCGUCUAAAGUUAUAUGACUAUUUGCAUCAAUUGCAAAAUCGGGUACUUUACCUCGACACCGACUCUCUAAUUUAUGUCGCAAAAGAGGGAGAGAGGGGGCUCAAACUGGGUAAUUAUUUGGGAGACUUGACUGACGAGUUGGGGGGUGGCACCAUACAAGAAUUUGUGGCGGUGGGUCCUAAAAGUUACGCCUACUUGACCAGAAAAAACAAACGAGCCGUGCUGCGGGUGAAGGGCAUUACUCAGACGCACGAAUGUUGUGAAAAAAUCAAUUUUGACAGCGUGAAAGAGCUGGUAGAGGGUUACCUGCAAAACCACCGUACGGGGGAGAGGGAGGAGGAGGAGGGGUUUAUCGAGACUCUUCAACACGGUAUAAAGAGGGAUAAAAACGGGUUUCUGCUUAAAAACUCGUCAUUUUUAAAAAGGUUUCGUGUGGUAUUUGACAAGAGACGACUGCUUUCCACAAGUGAAACUUUGCCGUUUGGCUAUUGAAAUGUUUUCCGCAGACCACCGGCCGAUUGACUUUGAUCCUGGACUGCGAGUGCCUUUCUCAUGUCAGAUUGUGGGACCCAGCGGUUGUGGAAAAACUUUUUUUGUAAAAAGUGUAUUGGAAAACUGUCAAGAUGUUUUAUCUCAGGUGCCUGAAAAUAUUGUAUGGAUAUAUACUUUGUUCCAGCCUAUGUACGGCCUAUGAACUGCAAAAGAUGAAUAAAAAGAUUAAAUUUGUCGAAGGCUUGCCUGAUUCUUUUGAUGAUGAGAACCUGUUUCCCCCCGAUCAAAGUCACUUGAUUAUCUUAGAUGACGUCAUUUUUCAGGCCU